AUGUCGUCGACCGAACGAUCCAGCGCGCGUUUGCGCAAGAAAAAAGAAUCGAGGCAGCGACCCUCACUACUGAUCCGACCUGAUGAAGGAGUUCCUGAAGCGAUCGAACUGGAGGACACGGAUGGAUUGAUUGAAUGGAUUCGUGGCCACCCCGAGACUGCCUGGCGUGUUAUCAUGAGACGUCAGGACCGAACCAAUGAACUCGAAACUGAACUCGUCGAGAUACGUGAUACUGACACGGAUGCUGACGGAGUUAUGAACACAAACCAAGCCAUUAUAGAACUGGCUGAAAAGAACACCCGACUGGAAAAUGAGAUUGCCCAGUUAAGGGAACAGACCUCUACUGCUGCCAUCGCUGAGCAAUAUGCAGAAGAAUAUGCACGGAUACGUGAGGAGCGUGAUGCUGCAAUCCGUGAACGAGAUGGCGUGUUGACCACGAUGCGCCUGAUGGGAACGACUCCAGUCCGUGAAUCCCCUGGCCCUUCGACUAUCAGCAACAAAAAAUCGAUCAAGAUGCCUGACCCACCAAUGCUGAAUGAUGGAAAGGAUGUGAAAUUCAAGACAUGGAGGAACGAGAUACGUCGCAAGCUACUGCUCAACGAGGACCACUACCCUACAGCUGCUCAUCAGCUGACUUAUGUCAGUAGCCGCUGUGAAGGGAAAGCACGAAGGCAUAUCAAUCCGCGUAUGCAAGACAAUGCCAUGAACCCUCGAUCCUACCAGAACAUCCAAGAUGUGUUUGAUCACCUUGAAGGAGUCUUCCAUGAUCCAAACCAAAAACAGGCCGCGCGAGUAUCUCACAUUGAAGAUGGAACCAAAGAAACAAGAUUUCACUGA